CCUCAACUCCUACCAGCAUCCAUCUUCAGCCUGCGUGAACAGCCCAACAUCCUACUUACUUUAGUAAUCAUACUAUCUCUGUCGCCUGUGUUUAUUGGACGUAAAACUUGAAAGGAUCGUAUCCAAUCACAACGAACACUAUGCCGGCCUCAGUCGCUUCCUCCACGGCGGGUGACUCUCGUCAGGAACCUGGCGACAGCUCUGGAGGCGAACGAGUGACCGAGUUUUUUCAAGAAGCUUUGAAAAGGUCUUCGGGGAGGAGAUCUCAGAAAGCUAAACAGGAGUAUCCAUUGCAAACUAUACAACUUGACAACGGCACUGAAACUGUUCUGAGCAUUUUACGACGAAAUUGGCAGGAGAAGCAACACCGAAAGGCCAAUGGGGAGGAGGAAACUGAUCUAAGGGACACGAUUCAGGAGCUUCGACAGCAGAGUGAUGCGAUUCAGACUGUUCGGAAGGAAAGGGUUUUUGAUGAUGAAAUCACUGAAGAGGAAAUGGAUAUCAUUCAACAACGGGUCGCCUUGCAACAACGGCAGUUUCAAGAGUAUCAGCGACGAGAAAACGCGCGCAAGUUCGCCAAGAUAAGAAACAUGUUUGAAUACUUGCGCACCGAAGAGAUAGAGGAAGCUUUGGAAGAAGCCAAUAAUGAUGAGGACGCAGCCAUAUUGAAAUUCACUCAGACGGCUUAUCUGAUGAAAUUGCGUAAAAGGAUUGCCGAAAAGCACCAGCCGAUUCAAUCAGAGGUUGUGAUGACCGAAGAGCAACAGCAGGCAUACGAGCGACUUGUUGAAAAACGUAAAAAGGCUGCGAAGAAGACCACUACGGAGGAAUCGAAAAAGCGCUGUAUCAGGUUCUCGCGAUUGCGUUUGGACGAUGCACUCAGUCAACUGGAAAAUGGAGUUGAUCCAGCUAAAGUCUUCGAAGGGUGGAGUGACGCCCGGGUGCGCGCAUACAAGCAGAUAAAAACAAAACCAAACUCGUAUUAUUAUCGCUUCAAUGCUCCCGGCGAAAAGCAGAGGAAUGGGCCAUGGACAAAGGAGGAACGCACAAUGUUCUUCAAAAGAUUGGAGGAAGUUGGCGCCGAUGGCCAGUGGGGAAUUUUUUCAAUCGCGAUCCCAGGUCGUGUGGGGUAUCAGUGCUCCAACUUUUACAGACAUCUUCUGAAAACUGGAGAAAUUGUGGAUGAGAAUUAUACAAUUGAUUCAAAAGGGGAGUUACGGUACUUGUUUGGGAAGAAGGAGGGAGGUAAAGGAGUGAUUCGAGUCCACUCGAAACACGGAUCCGGAGGAGCUCGCAGUCAAAAUGGCGGUGGAAAGAAGCGCAAGCGAAAAUCUGCCUAUGGCGACGAGGAUGACGACGAUGACGGGAACGUGGACGACUUAUUUGACCAAGACGACUCUGGAAAUUUUACUUGUAAAGCCUCUUGGGCUACGACGAGGCGGACCAGAGCUCGGAUGGAAGCGGCGGAGGCGGAGUCAGAGGGAACUCCUGUGGAUGCGUAUGAGAAUCCCCUUGCAGGAUUUGUGGAUCCUAUCACCUUGGAGGAAGUGGUCAAGCCUGCAAUAUCCCCUUAUGGCCACGUCAUGAGCUAUGCCAGUUGGAUUCGUUGCCUGAGUUCCGAAGAGCGAAAGAACAUUUGUCCGUUGACAAAGAAGCCACUGACGAAGCGCGAGCUGGUAGUUUUAACAUAUGAUAACAUCGAUGAAUAUAGGAGAAUGGUUCCUGGAAUUCAUUAUGCUCAUUCAGAGGAGAACCCGGAAAACCAGGCGCAGAAACCCGUAGGGCAAAAUAUGCAUGGGAGAGCUAGUUAUGCAUGUUCGGACGCUGGUACUGAACAAAACAUCUUCACAUAUUCGCCCCCACUCCUCCGUGGCUGUAUAGCACAACGAGAUGUACAAGAAGGUUCUUUAACUUCUUCUGCUGGUCUGGUGUUUGUCCAGAGUAACCCAACGGCAGAUUGCUUAGACAAGCACUCCGCUGUGCACGUGAUGAGGCCGACAAAUUCUCUCCACCUCUUGGAGUUCACACCGCACAUACCGCACACAAUGGGGGAUCGUCAAAACUUGGUGUCGAACGCCGCACCAAUAGCAGGAGCUAGUGUGGAUCUAGAGGCUGGAGGUCAACCGUUCAGCAAUGCUGGACAGCCAGCAGCAUCAGAGAAUAUUUUCAAACAGUCCAGUCACCCUAUUGCGCUCUUUUUUCACCUCGCAUUUCGAACAGGUGCUAUGCUCACCUACCUUUUUUGUUCGCUGUUCACUGGUUCAUACGUGCUUCCCUUUGUUAUCAUUGUUCUCCUUCUUGCCUUUGAUUUUUGGACUGUCAAAAAUGUUACCGGUCGAUUGCUGGUCGGAUUGCGAUGGUGGAACGAAAUAAAAGAAGAUGGUUCGACCGAGUGGAAAUUUGAGUCUCGUGAGAACCGAAUAGUGAAUGCCACCGACUCUCGAGUUUUCUGGUUUUCGCUGUACCUCACACCCGCCAUAUGGGCACUUUUUGCCUUCUUCACAAUUACCAGAGUUAUGUGGCUUUUGAUAACAAUUGUGGCCAUAACAAUGAGCAUGGCAAAUGUCAUCGGCUACACCAAGUGUGAAAAGAACGCAAAAGCGAAGGUUACAAAUUUCAUUGCCGGACAAGGUGUGGUUCAAGGCUUUGUCGGAAGUAUGAUAUCCAAUCGAUUGGGUGGGCUUUUUGUCGGGGGCGGAGGAGCAGCUGGCAGAUGAGGGUCGGUUUGAAUAUAGGAUGCGUUCAUCAGGGCAAACGGGCUGAGAGCAAAUCCAGAUCGCUGGGAGAACUCUGUUUCGUAAGGCUUAUGUCAGCAGAAUGUCCGCCAGUUAUUAUUAGUGUCGCCAAAUCGACUGAUUGCAUGUGUUGGCGCAUGCGCGCCCACGCUUGCAAAGUCUGAUAGAGCUUAUAAGCUAUGUACACAUGGUCACCCGGCCGAGAUCCAAGGUUCAGGUGAAUCUGACCACUAGUGAUCCCAUAGUCUAUAGAAGCCCCAGUCGCUACGCCAGCAUGCGUGGCACGUUGGCUUUCAAGCGUAAGCUUCUUGACUUCCCCUGAGGCGCCAAGAACAUCUGCAGAAUCCAGCCGACCGUUAAUAAUCAUUCUCCCGUUAAACAUGUUCGAUUUGAAGGCGCGACCCGUAGCGAAGACA